AUGGAUCUGAAGGACAGCACCAGUGAGAGCAGCAUGGGCAGCCUGCAGCCUUCCAGCAUCCAGAUUUUUGCCAACACCUCCACACUCCAUGGGAUUCGUCACGUCUUCGUGUAUGGGCCGGUGACCAUCCGGCGCCUGCUCUGGACCUUGGCCUUUGUGGGUUCGCUGGGUCUCCUCCUGGUUGAGAGUUCAGACCGGGUGGCAUUCUACUUCUCCUACCAGCAUGUGACCAAAGUGGACGAGGUUGUGGCCAAUAGCCUGGUCUUCCCUGCUGUCACCAUCUGCAACCUCAAUGAGUUUCGUUUUUCCCGGCUCACCACCAACGACCUCUACCAUGCCGGGGAGCUCCUGGCUCUGCUUGAUGUCAACCUGCAGAUCCCCAACCCUCACCUGGCUGACCCAGCCGUCUUGGCCAUCCUCCAAGAAAAGGCCAACUUUAAGCACUAUAAACCAAAAGUUUUCAACAUGCAGGAGUUCCUGGCCCGGGUUGGUCAUGACCUGAAGGAUAUGAUGCUGUACUGCAAAUUCAAAGGCCAAGAGUGCACCCAUGAGGACUUCAAAACUGUGUUUACAAAAUAUGGGAAAUGCUACAUGUUUAACUCAGGAGAAGAAGGAAGGCCUCUUCUUACCACAGUUAAGGGUGGGACAGGCAAUGGACUGGAAAUCAUGCUGGACAUACAGCAGGAUGAAUAUUUACCAAUAUGGGGUGAAACAGAAGAGACAACGUUUGAGGCUGGAGUCAAAGUCCAGAUCCACAGCCAGUCUGAACCACCCUUUGUCCAGGAGCUGGGGUUUGGGGUGGCCCCUGGAUUCCAGACCUUCGUGGCCACCCAGGAGCAAAGGCUGACCUUCCUGCCUCCUCCCUGGGGUGAAUGUCGCUCGGCAGAGCUGCCCUUAGACUUCUUUCCCGUUUACAGCAUCACCGCCUGCAGGAUCGACUGUGAGACCCGGUACAUUGUGGAGAACUGCAACUGCAGGAUGGUUCACAUGCCAGGGGAUGCUCCCUUCUGCACCCCAGAGCAGUACAAGGAGUGUGCAGAGCCUGCACUUGGUUUGCUUGCUGAGAAGGACAGCAAUUACUGUAUCUGCAGGACACCCUGUAACCUGACCAGGUACAACAAAGAGCUCUCCAUGGUCAAGAUCCCCAGCAAGACCUCAGCCAAGUACCUGGAGAAGAAGUUCAAUAAGUCAGAAAAAUACAUCUCAGAGAAUAUUCUUGUGCUGGACAUAUUUUUUGAAGCACUCAACUAUGAAACAAUUGAGCAGAAGAAAGCCUAUGAAGUGGCAGCCUUACUUGGUGACAUUGGAGGACAGAUGGGGCUCUUCAUCGGUGCUAGCAUCCUCACUAUCCUGGAGCUCUUCGAUUAUAUAUAUGAGCUGAUCAAGGAGAAAUUGUUAGACCUGCUGGGAAAGGAGGAAGAGGAAGGGAGCCAUGAUGAAAACGUGAGCACUUGUGACCCCAUGCCAAACCAUUCGGAAACCAUCAGCCACACUGUGACCGUGCCACUUCAGGCCACCCUGGGAACACUGGAGGAGAUCGCCUGCUGACACCAUCCCACUGCUCCCAGUGCCAGCACCUGAGAAAGGAAAACUGCACAGGGAAGCAGGGACCCAGCUCAGGUUUGCAACGGGGG